AUGUCCUCGUUCCGAUCGCAAACUGCCAAGCUUCCCACUCGAUAUGGCAGGUUAAACCAGACACUCUCUGGCAAUCUCUCAUGGAGAGCCACAUCUUCUCUGCCCGGACCGUCGUCCGCUCGUUUCAAUUCCACCACGUCCGCUGCCUCCGCCUCGACAGCCGCAGCUGCCACCGAGACUGUGUCAGAUGCACCUGGCGAUCUCUCCGAUAUCUCCGCUACUGACAUCAACUUGAUUCCCGAGAAGGUCGGAUACCUCAAAGAGCUGGGGUUGGACUACGGCUGGGGUCCGUCGGCAAUGAUCGAAUAUGUCAUUGAGCAUCUUCACAUCUGGGGAGGAAUGCCCUGGUGGGCAAGUAUUAUUGGGGCAGGAGUCUUGGUCCGCCUAGCCUUAUUGAAACCAGUCUUGGGUGCUGCAGACACCUCCGCCAGGAUGCAAAGCAUCAAGCACAUCGUGAACCCUCUCCGUUCGCAGAUGAUGGCCUACGGCAAGGAAGGGAACCAGGCUGAGAUGACAAGGGCGAGAGCCGAGUUGCAGGACGUUCACAUUAGGCAUGGUGUCAAGCCUUGGAAAUCGUUUCUCCCCUUGAUACAGAUUCCUUUUGGAUUCGGCUGUUACCGAGUUGUCAAGGGCAUGACCUCGCUGCCUGUUCCCGGGUUGGCUUCAGAACAACUUCUCUGGCUGCAAGACCUCACGGUAGCUGACCCGUAUUAUAUUCUUCCCGCUAUCACAGCUUUGUCCAUGCAUCUGAGUUUCCGGAAAGGAGGAGAAUCUGGUAUGAACGAAAUGAGCCAGACAUCCUUUGGAAAAAUGUUUCUUUAUGGGCUGCCCGCAUUUUCAACUCUUUUCGUUGCCUUCUUCCCUAGUGCCCUUCAGCUCUAUUUCGUCGGAACGGGUCUUAUGGCGUUGGGGCAAUCGUACCUGCUUUCUAGCAACAGCUUCAGGAGGUUUGCGAACAUUGCCAUUGCUAAACCGUCAGCUUCAGGAGGCUCUGCAGGACAGGGGCAAUCGGAGCAGAGCAAGGCAAUUCGCAUGCUUAGCGAUGCCAUUACGGCAGAAAAGGCCAAGAUGAAGACAGAGAGCCCGUCAGCAGACCUCAGCUUCAUUGACCGUGCUCUGAAUUCUAUCAAGGAAUCUAAGCAAAAUAUCACGCGUGAUGCCACAGAGAAGCUCAACGAUAUGCGCGGCAACCCCUCCAAGAAUCCAGAUGGGUCGCCUGUGGCUCCACCCAGACUCAGCGAGAAGGAUCUCAAGACAGCAGCUGACUAUGAAAAGAGACGGAAUGAGGAGGAAGAAUGGAAGCGGGAAGAGAGAAACCACGCUCGGAGACAGGCCUAUAUGCAAGCUAUGGAGAAUGAGAGGGAGAAGGCCCGUUCAUCGCUCAAGAGCAAGCAAAGGUGA